AGGCAGCGGCUAUUAGAGCCACUAGGGUCAAUCUGUGAUUUAUAACUGAGUUCUGGUGGUCAGUGUUUGUCUGUAUGAGAGCGAUCACAACUAAGUUCUGGUGAUCUAUGUAUGUGCGUAUGAGAAGGAUCAUAGUCCCAGUCCUGGUGCUCUUGUCUGCCUGAGAGAUCACAACUGAGUCCUGGUGGUCAAUGUACGAAAAUUAGGCCGGUCACUUCGCUUCUUGUCUGUGGCCGCUCCUGAACAAGUGCCAGUCUGCUCCAGAGGGUUCCGGUCUUCGUAGACCAGAAUGGAGCCUAUAAUAACAUCUAAGUUGUCAUUUAUACAACCACAAGGAACAGUGAAUGACGAACAGGAUAUAUCUGCUGUGGAUGAUUUUGAAGACAUUAGAAAGGAUUUGAUUAUUGAACUUUGCCAAGAAGAAAGUAAAAAUGCAUCACAUGUGGCUAUUCAACAAAAAUGUUUGGGUUCAAAGGAUCAUAUGUGUGUUCAUCUUCGUAUCAGACCUUUUACUGAAGCUGAAGUUGCACAAAAUGAAUCUCAGGACUGUGUAUCAAUAGAAAACUCAACUAGUGUGAUCUUGAAGCCACCGCGAAUUUCCUUGGGUUCCAGAUGUAGUGAUCGAGGAAUUUGCCAAUUGGCUCAAUGCUUUUCAUUUACACACGUAUAUGGUCCAGAAACCAAACAAAAAGAAGUAUUUGGAGCAGUAAAACCACUUAUUAAGGAAGUUCUGAAUGGCCAAAAUGCUUUGGUUUUUACUUAUGGUGUUACCAAUGCAGGAAAAACGUACACGUUUCAAGGGCCAGAUCAUGAUGUGGGUAUCGUGCCACGGUCAUUGAGUGUGCUAUUCAAGAGUAUUGAAGGAAAGAUUUGUACAAGUAUGAAUAUCAAACCACAGAGAUGCACAGACUUCACUAGAUUAACAGAAAUGCAAGUGAAAGAAGAGGAGGCUUUUAAAAAAUCAGUACUUCAGCUGUUUAGAGAGAGUGAUUCAUGCAAUGGGAGUAGUCAACUUAAUUCACUAGAUUCUUCAGAAGGAAGUUUGCUAAAGCCGCUCGCGACCUUGGGAGAUUUUGCUGAACCUGUUGCUGUUGAUGCACCAGAAAGGAUUAGAUUUUCUGUCUGGGUUUCAUUUUGUGAAAUAUACAAUGAAACUCUUUAUGAUUUACUUGACCUGGUACCAUAUAAAUGUCAGAAAAGAAAAGUACUUCGAUUUGCACAAGAUACAAAAGGCAACACCUAUGUGAAAGAUUUGAGGUGGAUUCAAGUUUCUAAUGCAGAAGAGGCAUAUAAAAUAUUAAAGCAAGGCAGAAAACAGCAAAGCAUUGCUUCCACAAAAAUCAACAAUCUUUCAAGUAGAAGCCAUUGUACUUUUUCAAUAAGAAUUUUGCACGUCGUAGAUGGUGGACCUCAUGUUUCAAGAGUCACUGAGAUGUCACUUUGUGAUCUUGCGGGAUCAGAGAGGAAUACAAAAACAAAGAAUGAUGGGGAAAGAUUGAAAGAAGCUGGGAACAUUAACACUUCUUUGCUGAUUCUUGGAAAAUGCAUCAAUGCUUUGAGACAUAAUCAAAUUUCAAAGACACACAAUCAUGUUCCAUUUCGGGAAAGUAAGCUUACUCGCUACUUCCAGGGGUUUUUCUGUGGGAGAGGAAAAGUUUGUAUGAUUGUUAACAUCAAUCAGUGCGCUUCAAUGUAUGAUGAGACACUUAAUGUAUUGAAGUUUUCAGCAAUGGCACAAAAGGUUCUUCUCAAUAGUUCAAGGCUUCAUCCUGCACUCUCGCUUCCAAAACGAUCAGCCAGGGAUCUUUCAUUGAUCAUCAACAAUGCUGAAAAUGAAUCAUCGUCAUUUGCAAAAAGACAAACUAUGUCUUGGGAUGCUACUCUGGAGGAUGUUGCUGAAGUGGAGGAAGGGGAUACUGAGACAACUAAUGCAACUGAGGUAAAAGAUGAGGAGGAGGAGGAGGAUGAGGAUGAUGAUGAAGAGGAAGAAGGGACAAUAGUAAUAGGAAAAAACAACUAUGAGAAGUUACUCCUUUGUAUACAAGACCUGAAGAACAAGUUAAUUGAAGAAAAAAAAGAAGUGAAGAUUUGUGUGAUCAUCAGUGAAAUGUUCAGCACCAUUGUGACUCAGCAGAAACUGAAGCAGUCAAUAUCUAGGUUUGAGCUGAUGAGUGGCAAAGAAAAGGAAGAAAAUCGGUUAACAGAGGACAGAAUUGAAAAGCGCAAUGAAAUCUUUCAAAAUUUGGUCAAGGCAUGUGUUGCUAUUGACCAGAAUGAAGAUUCCAUUACCGAUGUCGAUGCUGAACCAGAUGGCAAUCGGGAGAGUUUGUUUAAAACUAAAGUUGUAAAAUGCAUCAAGUUGUUGGAACCAGAUGUAGCUGAAAUUAAGAAACAAGCUGAAAUGAUUCAUCACCAUUUAGCAACUGCUCCAGAACCUCAGGAAGCAAUUACGCUUCUAGAAGCUAAUUUGGCUUGUGUCACUCAACAGCUUAACCAAACACAAGAAACACUGAAGAAGAAAACUUGUGAAUUGGAGACACUUGAAAAAUUGACUGAAGAUGCAAAAUUGAAGCAAACAUCUAUGAAUGAAGAGAUCCAAUGCUUGAAAGACUGUUUGGAGCUCAAGGAUGCUGAUCUGAAUAAAAUGAAAAAUCUGCUUGCAAGUUAUGAAGAACGAAUUGAAAGUUACGAUGCAACCAUUGAAAACAUUCAAGGAAUGUUGGAAAUGGGUAGCAGUACUGAAGAUAUGAGCGUAGAACUAGUGAAAAAUCCUUCAACUACUAGUAGAAAAUGUAAUUUUGGAAGUUCCUUUGAAAAGAGAGACCAGCCGCCUUCCAAGAAAGGUCCAGGCUACAAAGGCUGUAUCAAUGUGAAGACUCUAGAAGAGAAAGCUGAAGAAAUAAGAAAAGAACUACUUCAUAAAGAGAGGACAUUAAUGACAUUAAAAGGAGAAAUACAGUCUUUAGAUCGACAAUUGGCUUCAUCCAAAGAGGAACUCCACAAUGAACAUACAUCCAGGGAAAGACUGAACAAACAGGUCAAAAACCUUCAAUUGGAGCUUGCUUCUUCAGCUGAGACCAUUUUGAAACUAACUGAAGAGAAUGCAAAUCAAUGUUCAAAUUACGAAAAACUGCUGUGUGAGUUCAAAUCUGAAAAGGAAUUGAACGAACAACAUUCUGACAAAACUAAACAGCUCCAACUUGAGACAGAGUUAGGUAGGCGUGAAAUAGCACAGAGAGAACUGCAAAAUAAAGCUUUGGAAGAAAAAAUAAGCAAGUUAAAUGAUUUCCAGAAGGAAUCAGAAUUGUGUGCUAUGGGUCUGAAAAACAUCCAGGAUUUCCUGGAAAGGGCAGUGGGAGAGUCUCUGAAGGAAACGACUGAAUUUGAGUCGCUACAGAAUCGAGUAUCUGUGCUUAGAUAUGAACUAGAUACAUCAGAACAUAUGGUGCAAAAACGAGAUAGUGGUCAAUUUCGUAAAACCGUUGAAACACUGCAAAAGGAGUGUGAGCAUAUUGUAAAGAUCUCAUGCCAAAAAACCCUUCAAAUUCGAGAACUAGAAUUAAGUAUUGAGGCCUUGAAAAAACAAAUGGCAGAUCUGCAAACUGAAUGUAUUGAAUUAAAAAUAAAUGCUGCUUCAGCUCAGAAUUUGCUUGAAGAGAAAGAUGCUCACCUUCAGCAGUGGAAAGACAAGUUUGAAGAAACUGAAAGUAAAAUGCAAACUUUAAUACAAAGCAAAGAAAGUAUUGCAGAAUUUCGCAAAGAAAUUGAAGAUUACCAACAUAAAAUAAAAGCUCAGGAGUUAAAAAUCUUAAAAAGUGAAGAUAAUUUAACUAGAUGUGAAGAACAAUUGAAUGAGAGAGAUAACAUCAUUGCAAAUUUGCAAAAUAAUUUGCAACAAGCAGAAAAGAAAUUUCAUGACUUGGAAAAAUGUGUUAGUGACUUGAAACUGCAAGAAAUUAGACUUAACGAAGAAGUCAGUCAAACUCAAAAUGAUUGGCAUGUUUUAAAGGAAACCUUAUCCCAGAAGGAAGAACAGCUGGAAAGUAAACAAUUAGAAUUGGUUCAGCUAAGAAGUGAGCUCUCUGAUGUCUCCUUAAAAUAUCAAAGAUUGGCAGUUGACCUGCAAAAUAAAGAUGAAGAAUACAGUGAUCUCAAGGAGAAAUAUACAGAUGCCAAGAAACAGAUGCAACAGGUAGAGAAGGAGAUUUCUACAAAACGUGAGGAGGAAACAUCUCUGAGAAACAAAGUUCAGGAACUUGACAGAAUGAAGAAUCAAAUGUCUCAGGAACUUGAGGCUAAAGAACGGAUGAUCCAACAGAUUAGGAAGUCAUGUCAUAAUGAAGCAGACUGCAGAAAGAAGAUAGAACUGUUAACAAUCUCCUUGGAUGAAAAGGAGACCGCUUUAAAGAAAUUGGCAAAGAAUUUGGAAGAAUGUAACAGCCUACACCAAGUGAAAGAGCAACAGGGCUCCAAAGAAAAUCAAGCAACCCAGGAUUCCUGCAUCAUGUUAACUGAUAGCAAAGCAGAAGAAGCUGUACAUCUUUUGCAAACAGCUUCCAAAGAACUUCAGAUAAAAGAACAAAUAAUUAAAGAUAUGAAAAUUGCAUUAACUGAACAAGAUCAAACCCAAGCUGAGCAAGAUGAAGCUCUUGAGGCCAAGUUGAAAGAGAUUGAAGAAUUGAAUGCAGAAUUAGAGAAGUGGAUAAAGUGUGCCAAAGAAUUUGAGAGGAAGUAUAACACACUUGAACGCGGCCAGUUGUUGAAAAAUGCAAGUGGAGGUCACAAUACAGAAUCUGGACCACUUCAGAAAGAAAUUGAAGAUUUAAAGCAGCAGUUGGUGGAAUUGGAAGAUGAGCAGAAAUGUAAUCGGAAGAAAUGGCUAAAUGAAAAAAUGGUGCUCCUUAAACAAGCAAAGGAAGCUGAAGAUCGGCGCAACAAGGAGAUGAGAAAAUGGACAGAAGAAAGAGAGCAUUAUUCGAAAUUACAAUUAGAAAUGGAGAGACUUGCAUCUGAAGUCAUCGAGAAGGAUGAGGAUCUGCAGAAAUGGCGAAAAGAGAGGGACAACUUGGUAAAGGAGCUUGAAGUGAAGCUUGGAGAUCUUAUAACCAGUAAUAAACAAAAAGAUGAAGAAAUAGAAAGACUGAAGGCUUCCUCAAAAGAGAACCUAGGCGAGUUGGAAACUGUCCUAGAUUCUUCAGAAGUCUCAACAGACAAUGGAGAAAAAGCAAGUCGGUUUCCGAAACCCCAAUUGGAGAUUCAAUUAACACCUCUUCAACCAAACAAAAUUUCAGUGAAAGAAUCAAGUGGGAAUUUGGUCACCAUGAAAGUGCCCAAAUCUACCAGGAAAAGAAAAAGCUCUGCCCUGGAGGAGAAUGUGAAAAGUACAGCUGGUCGACUAAGAAAACAAGCCUCUAGAUCAAGUCUUGGGUCACGCCAAAAGAAAGAUGGAACAUUGCAGAAAAUUGGAGGCUUAUUGCAAAGUUCCCCAACAAUACUACAGAACAAAGCCAAAAAGUUAAUGGAAACCUUAAGCUCCCCCAAACAUCCAGAAAUGGAAACUUCAUGUAAUAAUGAAGUAAGACCCAAAAGAUCAAGAAGGAAACUAUACAAGCAAGAUAUAUCAUCUCCUUUGAAUUUCCCAUCCCAAAUGAUAAUAGAGAUGAGUGAAAAAGAAAGUGAUCAUUCAAUCAUGAAGAGGCGAUUACGCACAAGAACAGCUAAAAUGGCAAAAUGAUCUUCCUCUCUAGUUGAGGUUGUUUAUAUUUUUUUUUAAAACUAUAAUCAUUGUACUUUGUACAGGGAAGUUUUAUCUGAGGGUAUGUAUGUAUUAUGUUUGGUGCUUUUGAUUUAACAUUGCACAUGUACAUAUUCUAAUUGCAUGUAAAUCAAUAUCUCAAUGAAUCCAUUCUGAACAACAAUUGGAACAAUAAAUACCUGGAAAAGUAAUUUAAGAGAAUUCAGAUGAUUUAUGAUCAUUGAAAUUUUAAAUAGCACAUUAAUACUACGUAUUACCUUUUGAGGAUUGGGUCGUUAUCUUCUCAGCCCUUUUGGAAAGGCAACUUUGUGCAGCUUAUGACCAAGGAGCUAUUACUAGAUAGUUGCCCUUGCACCAGCUGUCCGUUGUCUCAACUCUGUAUAACCUAGACUGUUUGCAAUGUCCAAUACUUGGACCAUAUUAAAAAGUACUUAACAUUUAAAGAGCACUUUUUGUUAGCUAUUUAAGUGUAAAUGUUAAGAUU